UUGUGUUCAUCUAAACAGGCUCAAGUUCCACACUGAGUAAGUAUAAAUAUUGAGAAAUUGUUUCAUAAUUAAAUAUACUGUACAGAAACUAAUUUUGGAACAUUUUUGGUUUGUGGUGUGCUGCGAGAUUUUUUCCAAUGUAAAAACGUGCCGUGACUCAGAAAAGGUUGAAAAACACUGGAUUAAACGACAUUUUCUGUUUCCAGAGCCUGUGUGAAGGAUGAAUAGUAAUGAGGUAAUGAAUCCAGUUGUGGCUAAACAAUAGCAUAUGAUGGUUAGCAGCCGUGUGGCAUAGUGAGGCUAAACCCCCCACCCGACCCGAACUCGUCAGAACUGACGAAUUUGUCAUGCCAGCGAGUGAAAGCUGUGCCAAUGUUUAUUUAUGAGCAUCAUUUUUCCUGGUAGCCUUUUUUUUAAUUCCCUUUCUCGGCCAAAACAGUCUCUUUUGUUGUUCUGCCAUCUUUGCCGAUUUCGCACAAAAUAGCUUGCAUCGCCUUUAUAACGAAUGGCAAAAGGGGGAAGUGACGUAUGAUGUAAAGCAGUCAGCACAUUUGUAUUUUUUUGUGUGGCAGGGUUCCUGCCACCUUCCCCAAAGUUAAAGGGUGCUGGUGAAAGAGAUACAGACCCCCUCAAGAUAUAGAAGAGGUGUCAUUCAACUAGUUGUCACUCAACAUAUCAUCACAAAUGUUUUGAAAAUAUUUUAUAAAAGUUGAAAAGUUACCUAAUGUUGCUUUAAGGGGAAAAACAACAAGAAAAACAGUAGUACUAAAGGCUUCAAAUAUCUUCAAAGACAUGUGAAUUGCGUAAUGAUGUAUUUACCUUGUGUAAAUAUGCGUAGCCGUCACCCACAGCAAUACCAUUUCUCUUUCAAAGGCAAGUGAUUUGUCAUUUAAAUUAGUUUGAAUACCUCACUGUCAUAAGGAUUAGCACUUUUAGAUAGGGAAGUUAAACCUCAAUAAAGGGUGUGUUGGUAUGUGGUAACUGACUACAUAACUAAAGGGGUUUUGUACUGAUAAGGGCUACGUUCAGUAUAAAUAAAAGUCCAAGUGAGAAGGAAAUAAAGGCUCAUACAAGAUGGCAUCACCAAGAAUAGCAUUCCUCUCCGUGGGCAUCCUGCUGUUCUCCAUUCAAGGGACUCUCACAGUUGCAGGACAGGCAUCUGUUCCACUCCUACUCUCUGUUGAGAAUGACCUUUCCAACAUGAGUCCCGAGACCCAUUUCACAUCCGUGGUUGAGGGUGGUGUGCUGCUAGGGGCUUUGAGGAGAAUACAGGAGUCACGACCUGACUUCAUGUUCACCAUGAAGGAGGACCCAAACUAUGGCCUGUUUUUGGAGAGUGUGAAUGGCGUGUUUGGAAAUGACAGAGACAAAACUUACUGGGAGAUUUUGUCUGAAAACUCAGGGGAAUACAAGCGUUUGGAUGUGGGAAUUGGCUGCUACGUACCAUCAGAAAAUGAACACAUUGUGUUGAGAUUCAGUACUUGGGCCAAAUAGUCUUGAAAUACCUUCAGUGGAUGGCACGAAAUCACCUGAAAAGUGUUGGGACGUCACUAUGAAAAUAUGAAAACAUCUUUUCGCUUAAAUAGGUUUAAGAAAAAAAAAAUGAAAACAGCAUCCCCUGGUGGUUGAGUAUAGCAAGUACACCAUUUGCAUCUUUAAAAAGAAAACUAAAUUAUUAAAGUAAAAGAUGCAUUUAAAUCAAGGGGCAAAAACAGCAGAGGCAAUGCUGCAUCUUCAACAUUUCAUUAUUACAAGCUGAAAAUGAAUAUUUUGCCGACAAAAUUAAUCUGGGGCCAUUCCAUUUUUCAGACCUUCCUGCAGCAUGUUGCUUAUAAAAAAUUAACUCACCAACAUUUUCUCCUUUAAAAGUGACCCAUGUCUUUCCCAGUAAUGCUCCUCCCUUUUGCAAUGAGAUUAAGGUUUCAGCUCCUUUAGAGACAGAUGGACAAAGCAGUGGAAACGCUAAUCUACAGUUUCAUUCCACUCAUGUGGUUCACCUUAAUGUCCAAUAAACCACAAAGUAGGGUAAGCAUAAGGUAUACUGUGAUAAUAAUAAUCCAUCCUGGGUCCUACUUAAAUUGUACACUUUGAGAAAAAAAUCUUGGAAUACUGUAAAAUAAAGAGAAGGAAAAAUGUGACUUGACUUGAUUCAAUAAUUG